UCUUGAACUAUUUUUUCUUUCUAGGUGAUCGUAAUAUCAAUGCGAAACAUGAUACUUGUGAUUAGGGUUCUUUGAUUUUUCUUAUUCUGAUUUCAAUGUCUAUGUCUUUUCGAGGUUCUCCUAGGUUUUCUCGGUCUUUCAAAUUCCAAUAGAAGAACCAAAGGUUGUUUCAACAUGGUAAAUAUAAGUGAUUUGUCUAACGAUUUGCUGGUUAAGAUUUUGUUAUUAAUUCCUUCAAAAGUUGCUGUGUCUACAAGUCUUUUGUCCAAACGAUGGGGUUCUGUUUGGAAAUUGAUUCCGAAGCUUGAUUAUGACGAUACAUAUAGUGCUUCAGCAUCAGAGUUUAUCGGAAAGUUUUUGCAACUAAACAAUGCUCCAAUUCUAGAAUCUUUGUAUCUCAGACUUAAGCGAGAUUAUGCACCUGAAGAUUAUGAAACAUGGGUUAAUGUUGCGGUUACUCGCAAAGUGCCUGAUAUUGAGCUUCUUCGUUACUGUAUUCAUUUCAUACCAUUGCCUAUGAGCUUAUACACACAUGAAACCCUUGUGGUUUUACGUCUCAUGAAAGUGACCAUUGACGAUGUUCCUUCGACAACUUGUUUCCGGUCCCUCAAGACUUUGUCUCUUCUAGAUGUGUUCUUCACAAGCGAUAAAACCGUUGAGAGGCUUUUGUCUUGUUUCCCUAUUCUUGAAACAUUGGUUGUGGACCGAUGGGGCGGCGAAAAUGUGAAGACUUUCGCAAUUUGUGUGCCAUCGUUGCAGAGCUUAAAGAUCCGCUACAGAGUAGGGGGUUAUCACGAUCCAAAAAAUGAUCAUGGAUUUGUCAUCAAUGCUCCUUCUUUAAAGUAUUUAGAUAUUGUUGAUCAUUUUAGUGGGUUUUAUUCUUUAGUGAAUAUGCCCGAGCAAUUGGAUGCAGAAAUCCACGUUAGACAUUGUGAUUCUGAGACGCUUCUAGGAUAUCUUACCUCGUCUAAAAAACUUUCCUUAUGUUUAAAACCACAAAUGGGUUCAUAUCCGGAAGGCGACUUUGAUCAGCUUGUGUCUCUUGACCUAUGUGUUAUGUGCUCCUUAGAUUGGUUGAAUCUUAUCCUAAGCCGUUCACCUAAACUCCGAGCUCUCAGACUCUACCAAUCAAGAGAGAGAGGCGGGAGCUGCCGGAAUUCUAGAAAUGUCCGUACCAAGUGGGAGCAACCGAGUUCUGUUCCUGAAUGCUUACUUGUGAGUCUCAAAACUGUUGAGUGGAUUUUGUACAAAGGGACACAAGAAGAGAAGGAUGUGGUAAAGUAUUUGUUAGAGAAUGGAAACUUCAUAAAAACUAUGAGUAUUGGAUUCUCAUCAGUAAUCACGUUGGAAGAGAGAAACAAAAUACAGUUGGAGUUUGAGUCUAUGCCAAGGAGUUCUAGAAGAUGUCAGCUUUCAUUCACUUAAGUUUUUUGGCAUCUCAAAGCUAUAAGAUUUUUAAUGUUUUGAUUUAUUUGAACAUGUUUUUUUUUUCCUCUUUAAGUCUUCAAACUUCUUUCUUCUGAUUUGUCUCAAAGCUUGUAGUUUUACUCCAAAUUAGUGACUAUACAUUGAGAGCCAAGAUUUGAGCAGCAUUAGUGUUACUGUUUGAUACUUUUGUGAAUUCGUUUUUUUCUCAUCACAAUUUCCCAAUCUUAUGAUCA